UUAUUAAUUAAUGUCAGCCAAAGUCUCUUUUUCGCUUUUUUUCAAUACCGCAACACAAACACGCUGGAAGUCGUUAACGAAAGAACGAAAAUGCAGCCCGAAGCGGACCUUCAGCUCCAAGAGGAUUCGAGGGAGUCUCCUGUGAGGAUGACAAAACAACAGACCCUCACCUUGAUAUCCAUGGCGUCCGUCAACUUCAGCUCCAUGAUCUGCUACUCCAUACUGGGACCUUUCUUCCCCGUAGAGGCAGAAAAGAAAGGCGCGUCGCAGACGGUGGUGGGCGUCAUAUUCGGCUGCUACGCUGUCAGCAAUUUGAUUGGCUCGUUGAUCCUAGGCCGAUAUAUCGUGCAAAUCGGCGCAAAGACGAUGCUCAUCGCGGGACUCUUUGUGUCGUCGGGCUGCACCAUUCUCUUUGGGCUGCUGGACAGAGUUCCGGGCGGUCCUGUUUUCAUCGCCUUGUGCAUCAUCGUGAGGUCGGUGGACGCGGUCGGCUUUGCCGGCGCCAUGACUUCUUCUUUUGCCCUCUCGGCUAAAGUAUUUCCAAACAACGUGGCGACUGUUUUGGGAAGUUUGGAAGUGUUUACGGGUCUGGGCCUCAUCCUGGGACCGCCGGUCGGAGGCUGGUUCUACCAGUCCUUCGGAUACGAGGUUCCCUUCAUGGUGCUCGGCUGCUUCCUGUUGAUUAUGGUGCCGCUCAACAUCUACAUUUUGCCCUCCAUCGACGCCGCUUCCUCCAAGAGCUCCUUCUUCGGCCUUCUGAAGAACCUGCAAGUCAUGCUGCUCUGCUACGUCAUCUUCACCCUGAGCUCGGGUCUGGGCUUCCUGGACGCCACGUUGUCCCUGUACGCCGUAGAACAGUUCCAACUGUCCACCGGCUACGUGGGCCUGAUCAUGCUGGGUCUUUCCUUCCCGUACUCACUCGGCUCCCCGCUGAUAGGCUUUUUCACGGAUAAAUAUCCCGCAACCAGGAGCUGGUUCAUGGGGAUCGGAGGCGUCGCCACGGCCGUGGGCUUCCUGUUGCUGGGGCCCGCCCCUUUCCUUAACAUACCAAAGGAACUGUGGCUGCUGGUCAUCAUGCUGGGGCUAAUCGGCUUUUCGCUGGCCAUGACCGCCAUACCCAUAUUCCCAGAGGUCAUAAAGUGCGCCUACGACAACGGUUUCGAGGAGGGACUGAGCACUCUGGGAAUGGUGUCGGGGUUGUUCGGAGCCGUGUGGUCCACCGGGAUGUUUUACGGGCCCACCGUGGGCAGCGCCAUUACGCAGCGUCUGAGCUUCGAGUGGGCAGCUGCCAUCCAAGGAGGCCUGGCCUUCCUGGGUGCUUUCUUCCUGGUGCUCUAUUACGUCUCGCAUCCAGCAACGCGGCAAAGGCUUCCAGACAAGAGGAGUCAUACUGGCGAAAGACUUCCACUCCUGGAUGAAUGAAGCCCUUGUUGAAUAGUUGCGUAACAAUAUUUCCGUCGGAAGAAGGUAGUGUUAAUCAGCAGAUGAACGUCACAUCGCGCACACCAAAUGUUCCGAUUGUUCUGCACGAGCGUUAUUAUGUAUGACUCAAUGUGACAGAAACAUUUCUAGGCAAUGCAUCUUGGGACUUAACAAUAAAUCUUGUACAUAUGUAAAUGUUAAACGGUCAGCCGGCUUCAUUAUACGUGUAUGUAAAGUAAUGGUUUUUGAAUGUUGGGGUCAAAGAUGACAAGGCAACACAAAUGUUGGUAAAAAGUUCUAUAUUGCAUGAAAAUAAACGACAUUUGUCACAAUAAUUCUUUGGCCCUAAUAUGUGCAGUGCAAGCUUCAAAGUGGUUCAAUUUCCGACAUCCAAUUGACAGGAAAGGGAACUUACUUCGUUCUCUAGCUGCUCGGUGCAAUACAACUCAUUCGUUAUCAAUUACAUUCACAAAUUAUUCAUUUUACCAAGCAGAUGCUAACCUUAAUAGCGUGUGGCUAACAGCUAGCGUGAAAAUCACUCGAGCGUUCCAUUUCCUGUGUAUAUGUUGUAUGUUAGUUGAAUUACACAAAAGGGUUCGUUCAUGUCUCCUUACAUGUUAAAAGUUCAAAGCAAGUUGCUUUAGAUUAUUUGCUAUCAGGGAAUUUGUUGUGAAAUUACAACGCAUUGUGUCCCACUUUGGAGGUUGUACUGUAUAGAAAUUCAGUCCCGAUAAUAACUAACUUCAAAAUGUGAGACAUUCUCAGACAUUUUUAUAGAUGGAAAAAAAAAAAAAAAUACAAUAAAAGUGAUUGUCGUCUGCACAAAAACUUGACAAGAAGUGUACCAUCACGGGUGGAGUCGCACAGCAACACCUGGCCUCCCAGUCGGUCUCUUCGGGAGGGGACGGCGAGCGGGUCGGCCCGACUCUGUUCCGACGUCCGGGUCGGACAAUGUGGCCUGGGAUGACGCGGGUAGCGGUGGCGGGGGGAGGCUUUUCACUUUCUGUUUCUUUUUAAGUCUGUGCCAAGAGGGAAAUGUACACAUUUAAUCUCUAAGACAUCGGUACCUUGAUUUACUGGGGUUUCUGGAAAUACGAGCAACUACAACGAGAGCUCUUUCGAAGAAUCUGGAUACAUCAUACAAAAGAAGCGGGACUUUAAAAAGCAGUACGGACCUGGCUUCCGUCAACUCUGGCUCUGUGUCGGAUAGGGUGGGUUCGGAGAGAAAGCGAAGUUCCCCGGAAGGAGUGAUUGCAGUCGAAAUCUUGGGAGUGCACAGGACGAAAUGUUAAAUUAUAGUGUCAUUUUAUAUAUAUAUAUAUAAAGCUUAUUCAAGUUACUGUAAAAAGGGAUUUGCUCCAUCUCUACAUUAUUAUUUAGUACAUAUGAAACUUUGGUCCAGAUUUGAGUAUGAAUCAUGGACAUUCAGGCAAAUCAUUUGCUAUUGCGGGCCACGUGGUCUGCACAUUAGCGGAGUUCAAGUGACACGACGACGGACGCCGCUGUCGUGUGGCUCUUCUACCUACGGCGCUCUGACUUCUACAAAGACACUACGAAGCCAGCAGCGGCUCGUUGAAAAGGAUUUUGCAAGUGGCUGGACAUAAACGGAACGUAGCAACAAGAAGACUGUGACAUCAGCUCACCCUCGCCGGCGUCGCCCUCUCCACGGCCGCCUCCGCCGCCGUCUCCACGGCCGCCGCCGCCGCCUCCUCGCUGGAGUCUCCUGCACGCGCAAAAACAGCACCACCAAAACUACUGUAUACGAUGUUUAUAUCAGGGCAUGCGUUCCAGAUCCACCCGCAAUAGGAGAAAAUCCACCAAAAAAUUAAAUAAAAUACUUUCAUCCCUUCAAACAACGAAAUUGCAAGCAUACAAUGUAUAGAAAAUAUUGUACGUAUUGUCUAUGUUAGCUACACUGUGCAUGUGGCUUUAAGAGGCGAGGCCCGGUGGCGUGUGACGCCAGCGAGCGUGUGAGUGACUGGGUGUGAGCUGUGGGUGACGGCAGCUCUUGCGUGAGUGCGCUCAUUGUGUUAAUGAUUUGUAUUGUUCUGCCGACGUUCAAUAAACAGCUGAAAAGUGCAUCGGAAAC